UUCAUACCAACUCUACUCUACUCUAUCUCCCUUCUCUUACAUUUUGUGUUCCCUUUCCAUUCAUUCAUUCAUUUUCCGUGAGAGAUCAUACCCCAUCAUGGAAGAUAUCACAUCCACCAUGCAAAGAGGUUUCAAAAAGUACUGGAAGAGAAGAAAAGGCUAUCAAAUAUUAAACAAGUCGAAUCGCCGAAAGAAGAACACAGUGAAGCUAGGAGGAGGAGGAGGAGGAGGAGCAUCCACCACCGGAAAAAAAAGAAGAUGGAGGAUCAAAAUUUCCCCCAAGAUCAAAAUUCCAAAAAUUUCUUCACCCAAAAAAUGGAUGUUAUGGUUGAGAGACACCUAUGUAAGGAUGAUGCUUGGUUUGGCUAACUCAAAGGUAAUGAGUUUGUCUACCUUAGGUGACCCCACUGGUGGAUUUGGUAGAACCCCACAACCUAAGGAGUACGAUGAUAAAAUGCUUGUUCAUAUGUACAAUUCGUUGGUCAUGGGACAAGGACAUUUGGUACCGGGUUCACUAGAUUUACCAUCAAAAUUGGGCUCAGAAACUGCUUGCAAACCGGGAGGUACAAAAAUGGUGAAUCAAAACAUUUCAUGAAAUUCAACUUGGUUUUAAUAUUUCUGUCUCCAUUUUUUUUUUGUCAUUUUAAUUACUCUGGGUUUAAUUUUAUUUGUACUAAUUUUUAAGGCAAUUAAUCAAUAAUAUGGAUCACUUCUGUGUAUAGUAUGGCCACUGUGAUUGUAUCAGCCCAUUUAUUUGUACUAAUUUUUAAGGCAAUUAAUCAAUAAUAUUUUUAUUUAUGACAUAGAGUAUUAAUUCUU